CAGCAAGGAAGGAACUGUUACAAUAGAAUCGAUCAAAAGGCAAGUGAUCGCUCUUAGACGAGGGAGAGAAUACGUCAUACUCCUAUAUUGUAUACUGUUCCAUAAGCAAGAGUUGAGAAACAACCCGUUCGACGAUUUUUUUAGUGGAACUAGAUGCCGAAUCAAUUCGAUAUGGAUGGCAAACGGCUCUAUAAGAUUUGGAUUGUCGUUUGCAUGGUGUUCUGCAUGACUUAUACAUCAGUUUCUCGGGAGGCUGGCAGGACAAGGUCUGACCUGUUCGUGAAAGCACCCAGCCGCCGCCUGCUCUCUGCGAACACUCAACAAUACGUGCACCCUACAGAAGGGGGCCCGACAGUGCUGGAGUGUUUAGCGUUCUGCGUACGCCUCCCGGCCUGUGUGGUAGUGGACUAUUCUCCUUUACACGGCACAUGUAGGGCUGACGCUAAUCCCGUGGUGACCGCGUUCUAUGAUGAUACCCGGGACCUCUAUUACGCAUCUGAAAAAGUGACAAGCGUCGAUACCUUUGGAACUCCUAAUCAAUAAAUCACAAAUGUUCAAUAUUCUUGGUUAAAAAGAACAGUGCGACCAACAUUCCUCCUUUAUACCGGUGGGUUUAACAUUCCUCGAUAAAACUAAUGAGGUCCACAUCCCAUGAUAAAACCAUGCAGUGAGUUCCACAUUCCGUGAUAAAACAUUGCCGCUCUCAGGUCAACAUUCCUUGAUAAAAACAAUGCAGUGAGGUCAACAUUCCACGAUUACACCAUGCAGUGAGGUCAACAUCCCUUGAUGAAUAAUGCAGUGAGGUCAACACUCAAUGAUAAAACCAUGCAAUGAGUCCAACAUUCCAUGAUAAAAUAAUGCAGCUAUCAGGUCAACAUUCCUUGAUAAAACCAUACAGUGAGGUCAACAUUCCUUGAUAAAACCAUGCAGUAAGGUCAACAUUCCAUGAUAAAACCAUGCAGUGAGGUCAACAUUACUGAAAAGGAGUCAGUGCAAUCUACCGUACAUUCCGCGAUAAAAGAAAGCUACUGUGAUCAACAUUCCUCAAAGAAAAAUUAACAUUAUUUUAUAAAUCAAGCGGAGUCAACAUUACUUGAGAUAAGUUGUUGCA